CCUCCCCCGCAGCGCAAGCACCGCCUUGCUCUGGGGAGCUCCAAGCCCGGCCCUUCCCCGGCCGCUCCGCCCCGGCCCGGGCUCUCGCGAGGCGGCGGCGGCGGAGGAUGGCGCGGGCGGGCGGCGGGAACCUGCCCUGGGUGGAGAAGUACCGGCCGCAGGCGCUGUCGGAGCUGGUGUCCCACCAGGAUAUCCUCAGCACCGUGCAGCGGUUCAUCAGUGAGGAUCGGCUCCCGCAUCUUCUCCUCUAUGGUCCUCCCGGUACCGGUAAGACCUCGACCAUCCUCGCCUGCGCCAAGCAGCUCUACCGGGAGCGGGAGUUUGGUUCCAUGGUGCUGGAGCUCAAUGCCUCUGACGACCGGGGUAUCGACAUCGUCCGAGGGCCCAUCCUGAGCUUCGCCAGCACCAGGACCAUCUUUAAGAAAGGCUUCAAGCUUGUCAUCCUGGAUGAAGCGGACGCCAUGACCCAGGAUGCUCAGAACGCCCUGAGGCGAGUGAUAGAGAAGUUCACAGAAAACACCCGCUUUUGCCUCAUCUGCAACUACCUCUCCAAGAUCAUCCCCGCCUUGCAGUCCCGCUGCACGCGCUUCCGCUUCGGCCCCCUCACCCCGGAGCUGAUGGUGCCCCGGCUGCAGCACGUCAUACAGGAGGAGGGGGUGGAUGUGACCGAGGAUGGGAUGAAGGCUCUGGUGACCCUCUCAAGUGGUGACAUGCGCAGAGCCCUCAAUAUCUUGCAGAGCACCACCAUGGCCUUCGGGAAGGUGACAGAGGAGAACGUCUACACCUGCACAGGACACCCCCUCAAGUCCGACAUUGCCAACAUCCUUGACUGGAUGCUGAACCAGGACUUUUCCACUGCCUAUCGCAAAAUCACAGAGCUGAAGACGCUGAAGGGCUUGGCCCUGCAUGACAUCCUCACGGAGAUCCACCUGUUUGUGCACAGAGUUGAUUUCCCACCCUCGGUCCGCAUUCAGCUGCUGAUCAAAAUGGCAGACAUCGAGUACCGGCUGGCUGCUGGGACCAGUGAAAAGAUUCAGCUGAGCUCCCUCAUUGCGGCUUUCCAAGUCACCAGGGACCUGAUCGUGGCCGAAGCCUGAGUCUUGCUGGGUGGAUCCUUGCUUGCAAAGCUGGAUCUUGCAGAAGCUGGAAGGGAUCAUCAGCCCUAUGCUGCUCCCUGCAGCUUUCCACUUCCUUUUUACAAGCCUUGAGCCCACAGCUGAGGCACGAGAGCUGGGCAGCGUUGUUUCUAAGCUUCACCGGAAAAUACAGAUGCCUCUAAAGCCCA